AUGAAACUUAGAACACCUAUUAAACAAAAGAAGGCUAGAAUUACCAAAAUAAAAUGGUACAACCUCCCCAGUGAUAAAGGAAGUAAACUUAUAGACAAUAUUAGGAGCUAUUUCUGUGACAACCAUUGUGACUGUGAGACACCGAAUACCACCUGGUCAAAGUUUGAAAAUUUCUGUGUUAGUAACGCCAAAAAUCUAUUAGGAAUCAGUAAAGGAGCUUUAAAUAACAAAAAAGAUAUAAAAUGGUGGAACAACCAAACCAAUGAAACAGUGGCUGAAAAGAAACGUCGAUUCAAAAUCUGGCAAAAAACAUGUUCAGGCAAAGACAGAGAGGACUACAAGGUGGCCAAGAAAGCAGCCAGAAGAACAGUGGCUAUUGAAAGAGAUAAAGCAGAGCAGGACCUUUAUGCACGCCUAGAACUAGCAACUGACACUGAAAUGUAUAAAUUAGCAAGACAAAGGCACAAUAGCUCAAAAGAUUUUCAAACCACCAAGUAUGUUAAAAAUCGCGAAGGGGUAUUGCUUACAAAUGAUAAGGAUAUAUGUGAUAGAUGGCUUGAAUACUACAAUCAUCUGUUAAAUGAUGAAUUCCCGCGACAGUAA